GAGAGUAAAACUCAACAUUACAUUACACUAUAGCACCAUUGAACUAUAGCACCAUUUAUAAAUUCAAAUACAUUGAAAAAUUCAUAUUCAUAUUCAUAUAUGAAGAUGAAGUGCAAAGAAUGUGAACUUUGUAAUCAACAAGCUUCGUUCUAUUGUCCUUCCGAUUCCGCUUUUCUCUGCCGGAGUUGCGACGUCGCCGUUCACGGCGCUAACUUCCUCGUCGCUCGUCACCUCCGUCACAUCUUGUGCUCCAAAUGCGAUGGUUUCACCGAAAUUCUCAUCUCCGGCACUGCACUUCACCACCGUCUUUCAUCAACCUGCCGUUCUUGCUCGCCGGAAAAUCAAUCCUCCGGUGAGCCGAGUUCUCAAUCUUCUUCAUCUUGCGAGUCUUGCGUUACAGAAAAGAAGAAAACAAAAAGUCGAAAGAUAAUGAAGAGUUUUUCAGUUUCGAAUUCUGUUACCGAUGAUAUAUCUCCGGCACCGGGGAACAAGAACAUGAAGAAAAAGAUGAUUGGGACUGAAGAUGCUGGAUCGGUGGCGGAGGAGAUAUUUUCGAAAUGGAGGAGAGAGUUAGAGUUAGAUUUUCCGGUGAACGGUGAUCGUGUGGCGGUGGAAGCUAUGGCGGUGUGUUUGAGAACGUGGAAGUUACUUCCGGUGAAGGUGGCUGCUGCGUCGUCGUUUUGGUUUGGGUUAAGAUUUUGUGGGGACAAUAGUUUUGCCACGUGUCGAAAUUUGAUGAGGUUGGAGAAAAUAUCAGGGGUGCCAGCUAAGCUGAUUUUGGCCACACAUGUGAAACUUGCACGUGUCUUUACUCAACACCUUGAAUUGCAAGAAGGGUGUGACGAGUCGUAAGAUUAUUUUUUGAUAGAAUAUUGUUAUGUGAACAACGAUAAUUUAUAAUUUAUGUGAUAACUUAUUCUUUCUCUC